AUGGCGACCCUGCCGGUAGGGGAGGACAAAUGGCUCGACUACGUCGCUGAGAACAGUCGGCACGCCAACGAUCUGGAGAAGCGCGUUCACGUCAUUGAGCUGUUCAAGCUUGCCGUCGAGGCCGAACCCAAUAGCGUCCGCGUCUGGCGCGCAUACUGUGACUACUUUUGGUCCCUCUACGUCGCUAGCCAGUCCUACGAGUCGGGAUGGUCCGACGAGGAACGCCACAUGGGCUGCGAGCUCUUUUCUCUCGACGCCGCCCUUAGCCUAUGGCAACAGGCCUACGAAGCUAUCCAAUACCGCAUCAGCGACAGUCACGAGUUGUGGGAUCAGUGGAUUUCUCUCGAGAGCGGCCUCCUCGCCCGCUCACGCACCGCCCAGGGCAUCCGACGCAUCACCUGCCUAUACACCGACCGCCUGCAGGUUCCGCACGUCACCCGCGACAACACCGCGCAAGCUUUCUCCGAGUUUCUCUCGACCUAUAAUAAGGCUGCUUGGGAGGAGACGAUGCAGAGCGUUACCGCCAACCCUAAAUUGCAGGAGGCCAAGAAGCUGACGGAGGACCGCGACAUGUUCGAGUUGAAGCUGAAGCAGGCCUCCCGCGACGGGAAAGACGACGUCUACCGCAACCUGCUCAAGGAUUAUCUCGAAUGGGAGUGCGCCCAGAGCAAGCGAAGCAACAAGCAGGCCGAGGCCACUGGCGAUCUCUGCCGAGGCCUCUAUGCCAGGGCCCUGACGGGCGUGUUUGCCUUUGACGACACCAUCUGGAACGAAUACGUCCGCUUUCUAUCUACGUCCGGCACAUAUGCGCAGUCGCCGCAAGGCAUGGUGGACGUUUUGCGGCGGGCUGUCGACCACUGCCCCUGGUCGGGUGCAAUCUGGUCGCGCUACAUUCUCACGGCCGAAGACGCCAGGCUCCCUUUUAACGAAAUUGAGCAGAUAAAACACAAAGCCACUAGCAACCCCGAGCUCUACAAGAACGGUAUGGCCGCACUUCUCGACAUGUACGCUGCCUGGUGCGGGUUCCUCAAGCGCAAGGCCAUGGACCUGAACGCUACCGAUGAGGACGUUGAUAUUGCCGACAUGGGACUGCGUGCUGCCCUCGAGUUUGUUGACCAGGCCAAACAUCGUUACGGCGACAGCUACAGAGGAGACUCCAACUUUCGUCUGGAACGCAUCUAUAUUCAGUACCUUACCGAGAAGAAACGCAAUGUUGACGAGGCCAGGAGCGAAUGGCACAAGCUGGCAGAGAAACAGUUGUACGCCGACAGCUACGACUUCUGGCUCAGCUACUACUUGUGGGAAAUGAUGAUAUUCGCUUCCAACGGCAAGGACCGCAGCCCUACGCCUUCCACUGCCGCCACCGGGUUGAGAGUCCCGUCGGUGGCCACGGCCGUGCUUGGACGAGCCAUUAAGAGGAAGUCCUUGGACUGGCCGGAGAGAAUCAUUGACGUCUAUGUGCAGCACUGUAAUGACUACGAGCUCCCGAGCACGGUCCGUAUCGCCAUUGACACGGUUUACGAAACCCGUAAGGAAGUGGCCAAGCGGCGGGAGAGAGAGGCGGCGCAAGCUGCAGAGUACUACGCGGCCCAGGCUCAAGAAACACAAGCAGCCUAUGCAGCUCAAACGGUAGAUGACGACUCGUCGUCCAGCUCCAAACGGAAGCGGGAAGAGGAAGCUGAUGUGGCCGAUGUGACGUCCAGCAAGAGACCAAAAAGCGAAGCCGCGGAGACGGACACGGCGGCGCUCAAGCAGCAAAGUCUGAAAAGAGACCGAGAAAAUACCUCGGUGCUGGUCGGCAACCUCCCUGCUGAGACAACCAAAACCAAGAUACGGCAGUAUUUCAAAGAGUAUGGCCACAUUGUCGACGUCACCGAUCCGGCCAUUGACCCCCAAGACAAUACCAAGACAGUCAUGGUCGAGUUCAAAACCCCAGAGGAGGCGCAGUCCGCACUCCUCAGAGACGGAAAAUAUUUUGGGACGGCCCAGAUCAGCGUGCAGCCCGGCACGGAUCUCACCGUCUAUGUCACCAACUACCCGCCAACGGCGGACAAGACAUACAUCGGCGACCUGUUCAGGGACUGCGGAGAGAUCCUGAGCAUUAGGAUGCCUAGUCUAAAGGGUAAUGUUCGUCGGCGAUUCAGCUACGUCACAUUCCGCGACCGCUCUGCCUCUGCAAAAGCCGUACAGAAACACGGAACUGUGCUCGAUGGAAAGUUCAAGCUGUUGGCCAUGUACUCCGACCCAAGCCGUGCGAAGAAACGCGAAGGAGCGAUAGAGGAAGGCCGCGAGCUGCAUAUUACAAACCUGGACCCUUUGGCCGUCGAGGACGACGUCGAAAAAGCCUUUUCAAAAUACGGUACCGUCAAGCGCAUCAGCAUCCCGCGGAACAAGGCCGGUAGAGGUCACGGUGCGGCAUACGUCGAGAUGGAAACCAAGGAGCAGGCACAGACUGCUGCUUCUGAGCUCGACAAGGCCAAGCUGCGCAGCAGUAUCAUGACUGUACAGAUCUCCACACCCAGCAACUUCAAGAGGACGGCGGUCGUCUCGAAAGAGGGCGCCUCUCCGGCGCCGAGUCGUGACGAGGAGGGGGAUGAAACAAUGGCAGGUAGCAACGGUGAUGGCGACGGUCGUCGCCUGGCCGGACCCAACCGGGCUGAGAUCGCUUCGCGGACCAUCGCUCUCCUAGGUAUCCCUGACACGGUCAACGAUGCGCGGGUCAAGGACAUUGUGGAAAAGGUUGGAGGUUUCAAGAGCCUCGUUCUGCAACCCAGUCAUGGCGGCGCCAAGAUCGAGUUCGAAGACGAGCCGAGUGCUGGCCGCGCAAUGCUUCAACUCGAUGGUUACGUCUUGGACGACCGGAAACUUCGAACGGGAUCCGUUGAGGAGCUCAAGCAUUCCAAGGGGGAGGUUCGCACAGAAAAGAUUGUCUACGGUGUCGGCGGGAAGAAGCAGAGCGACAAACUCGCUGCUCCCAAGAACACAGGCAGUGGUAGCGUCUUUGUUCCGCCCUCCACGACCGUCAAGCGGCCGGUCUUGGGCAGUAAGGGUGGAGCCAAACGAGGAUUGGGUUUCAUGCCCAAGGCCGUGAGCGCGGGAGCAGCCGCAGCUUCACAAACGGUAGCUAAGGUCAAUGGUGCCGUUGGAGGGGACACGGAGGCUCGGAAACCGAUGAAGAGCAACGCCGACUUCAAGGCGCUGGUUCUGGGUGGUACUACAAAUGCUACCACCCCUGCCGCCGCUACAACAGCAACAACAACAACUAAUGCGUCCGAGGAAGAGGGUGUGGGAAGGCAAGGCAAUGGCCAGGUUGGGCAUAACCAUCACUAA